CAGCAGCAUGAGCAUCCUACAGUCAGAGAGUCCUACAGAGGGCACCGGAGGCCCCGCAGGGAAGGCCGCAGUAGGAGUCCGGGAGAAAGGCUCACGGCUCUGCCAGCGACUGCCCUCUAUUGUGGUGGAACCCACUGAAGUGGGUGCCGUGGAAAGUGGGGAGCUGCGCUGGCCCCCCGAGGGCACCCAGAGGGGGGCCCCCCAGAUCCAGGCUGCUGCGGUUCCUUCCCCGAGCCCACCAGGAGCCCCAGGGAAGGCAGCAGCUGAUGACAUGGAGAAUGCCAGCUCUGGCCACCAGGCAUUCCCUGGUCCGGAAGGGUAUGGCAGGCUCUGCUCCCUGACCACUGACAGGGCCUUGAUCCCAGGAGGACCGGCUGAGUCACAGAAACGACAGGGCCCACCAGGACACCCAGCUCACCAAGCUUCCUCUCCCCAGCUCACCAAGCUUCCUCUCCGGUUCAGUGUGGCCAGGACUUCAACCCCCGCCUUUUUGCUCCACGGCCCACAUCUGGAGUGUACCCUCUUUGUCCCGUGGUUUGAAGCAGAAAUAAAGGCUCCCUUCCUGGUGGCCAUGGGCCCCCCUGGUGGGGACUUGAGGUGCUGA